AUGGCGGCCAUGGCCACGGACUUCCCCUCGCCGGCUCCGGCCGCCGCAAAGCUCCCCGCGCCUCCGUACCACCACUCCCCCGCGGCCGAGGAGGCCAUGACGCCGCCGCCGAAGCCGGCGGGCCAGGGCCAGCGGUCGCCUCUCCCGUCGCCGCUGCAGCUGUCAGGGUCAGGGUACUCGCUCCACGACCUGCUCCUGCUCUCCCCGUCCCCGACCUCCCGCCGCAGCCGGUCCAGGCAGCGCGGCGCGGGCGUCGACUCCAGCCUGGAGAUGGCGGGGACGCCUCCGAGGCGGACGCGUCGCGCGGCGGCGCCCGCGGGGGCCUCGCCGAGGAACGGGAGGCGCGCUAGGCGGAGGCUGGAGAAGGAGGUCGAGCCGCAGGAGGACGCCAUUCGGAAGGCGCGCAGGAGGAAGCCCACCUGGGCGGCGCCGAAGGCCGCAGCCGCGGUGGCCGUGGCUGCGGCGGUCGCAGAGAAGGAGGAUGACAUGAGCUUGGCUUUGGUCCCUGCUCCAUCCGAUGCCCCGCACGUCACGACGGCUGACGCUCUGGAACAGUCCGGGUGGGAAGGUCUCUGGGAAAGGAUCGUCGAGCUGGUGAUGUGGAAGGACGUCGCGAAAUCAGCGCUCUGGUUCGGGCUGGGAUCCAUGUUCUUCUUCGCCUGCUCCUUCUCAAGAGAGAUCACCUUCAGCCCGAUCUCUGCAUUCUGUCACCUGGGCGUCAUGAUCUUAGGCCUAGCCUUCUUGAAAGAUUCUGUGCCACAGAGCCAGCCGCUGGAGACUGGAAGGAACUUCCAGUUGACUGAAGAAGAUUUGCUUCGUGCUGCCAGAGCCGUGUUGCCGUUUGCUAACUCCUUGAUAUCUACGGCACAAGUGAUCUUCUCGGGUAACCCGUCGAUGACUCUCAAAGUAUUGCCUGUUCUUCUGUUCGGUGCAAAAUAUGGUAGUCUGGUUACCUUAUGGAGGCUUCUAGCCACAGGAUUUUUCUCCAGUUUUACACUCCCCAAGCUGUAUAUGUGCUAUUCGACUCAAAUUCAUAGAACAGUCGAGAAUGUUAGAGACCGGGCUCUAGAAGCAUGGAAGUCUUGCCCCCGCAAGAAACUCGUUGCGGGCACAGCAGUGACAAUGUGCUGGAAUUUGUUUAGCAUCAAGACACGCUUCCUGGCAGCCUUCAUUUCAGUAGUAAUACUGCGCUACAAUCAUCAGUACCACAAGGCUGAUGUGAACCCAGAAGUUAAAUGUUGCCAAGAUGACCAAGAGCAGGAAAUGGAGGUGAAACCAUAGAAAACUGAAGUAUAUCGGCAUCUUGCCGCUGGAAAGCUUGUAACGUUUAGAACUCGUUAUUUCUGUACAAUAAUGGUCAGUUCCAUGUCCAGUGGUUCUACUUUGUGUCUGGCUACCAGCUAACUUCAACAUCAGGACUGGCUCUACCGUAACCGUAGCAUAAGUAUCCAUCCUAGUGCAGUCAAUGGCCAUGGAUAGAAUUGCCAUAAUGGUUUAUGAAAUAGUUGCAUAUGUGUAUUUACCAGAGAUGGGCAUUUGAGCCGAUAUAUAUAAUGGCACUCAAGUU